AUGGCUCCCAUCCGUGUCGCCCUGAUCGGCUUAUCAGCCAGCGCCAAAACAUCAUGGGCUGCCGAAGGCCACCUCCCAUACCUCCUCUCCACACGCGGACGCCAGCACUACACCAUCACCGCGCUUCUCAACUCCAGCACAAAAGCCGCCGAAGCAGCCCGUGCCCAUUAUGGACUUCCUGACAACGUCAAAGCCUACGGCGACCCGGAGGCUCUGGCGCAGGAUCCCAAUGUCGACCUCGUGGUCUGCAAUACCCGCGUCGAUACGCACUUCGACGUCGUUGCACCGUCUGCAAGGGCGGGCAAGGCGAUUUAUGUCGAGUGGCCUCUUACCGAAGACCUCAAGAGCUCGGAAGAGCUCGCAAGACUGGUUGCGCAAUCUGGCCAGGGCAGCAUCAUCGGACUACAGGGGCAGGUGACGCGAGUCGUGCUGAAGAUCAAAGAUGUCGUUGAAUCUGGACGUAUCGGAAAGGUUCUGGGGAGCGACAUCGAAGCUUAUGGGAACCUCCUACCACGGGACGAACUCCCCGAGGGGCUGGCGUAUUUCGCGGAGAGGAAAGUGGGGGGAAAUCCGGUCACGAUUGCGUUUGCGCACAUGAUUGACUAUGUCCACCAUGUCCUCGGGGAGUUCGAGGGUGGCGGAAAGACGUUUGAUAGCCGGUUGCAGAUCCAACGCCCUAAAGUCAAAGUCCUUAGCAACGGCACGGAGCGGUUUGUUCAGUCUGACGUACCGGACUUCAUAGCUCUCCACGGGGCGCUCCAGGGUUGCAAUGCCAUCGACGGCGCGACUCUCGCCGUCCGCUUCCGAAACGGACCGCCGUUUAAAGGGCGGCCUGCUUUUGUGUGGAAAAUCGUCGGAGAGAGGGGGGAAAUCGAGGUCGAGAGCCCCUCCGGGCCGUAUUUGCAUUCGGACUCGUAUGGUAAGCCCAUUGUGAUUCGGGUCCAUGAUCAUGCAAAGGACGACGUGGAGGAGGUAGCUUGGGGUUGGGAGGAUUGGCAGGAAGAGUUGCCGGUUCGUGCGAGGAACGUGGGGGAGGUUUAUGAGAGGUUUGCGAGAUGGGUCGAGGCUGGAAGGGGGGAUGUUGAGGAAGGUGGGCGGUGGCCUACAAUUGAAGAUGCCACCUUGCGAAUGAAGGAGUUGGAAGCUCUGUCGCAAGGAUUCGGAAAGGUAUCUGGAUGA